ACGGAUUAAAAAUUAAUUUUUUUCUCCUAGGGUUGGGAAUGUUUUCUUUCUCCUCAGAGUUGGAAGCACAGUGACGACAUUGUGAAUCUGGACGUUUUUUCAUGAUGGCCGACACACAUGUGAGGGAUUUGAUGAUGGCAAUGGGAAAACAGCUAUCUUUGAUGGCGGAGGAAGACAAUGGCCUCGAUUUGGAUGAUGGAAAUGGUAUUGACCUGGAGGGGGGCAUUUCAAAAUGGUGCCUUGUCGGCAUAGUACUGACUCGGAAGCGUUAUAAUAUGGAAGCACUGGAAUCAACGCUAGCUGGUGUAUGGAGGCCAGUCAAGGGACGUAUGACCAAAGCAACGGGCGAAAGGAUUGGUGCAGAACUUGGAAGACUCCUCGAGGUGGACGCAGGGGAUGGACGGGUGUGGGGUAUGGAGUUCAUUCGUGUUCGAGUUUGUAUUGACUCAAAGAAGCCUUUACGUCGGGGUAUGAAGCUUUCCUUGAAGGAUGGGCCACUCUGGAUCUCUUUCCGAUAUGAGCGGCUUCCACAUUUCUGUUAUUGGUGUGCCAUGCCAAAGCGAGGAAAACAAGGGGCUGCAGCGAAUAAUGGGAGAUGGCUACGUGACGCUUCCGGCAACCCUAUCGAAGAAGAGCCACGGUGGGGACGCCAGAACCCAAAAAUGGAAAGCCACUCUAAUUUGGAAGCUCGCGGUUCCCAUGGAGAGAUGAUUGAUUUUAAUGGUCGUGAUUGGCGAAGAAAUAAGGAAGAUUUGGUUGUGCAAAUUGAAAAUACCAAUAUCAAAGCUAAUCUCAAGAUUAAGAGCCUUCCAAUCACCAUGAGUAUUUUCUGCUGGAACUGCCAGGGGCUUGGGAACCACCAAGCGAUUUGUUGCCUCAUCGAAUUGGUGAGGCUAAAGAAGCCUGUGGUACCUCUCAACCUGAAUGGAUGCUGCAUGGCUUCAGAGAGGUGGUGGAUGCAUGUGAUUUGGCUGAAGUAUAGAUGGUUGGUGGUCAUUUCACUUGGUGCCAAGGUGGUGUUAAGGAAAAGUUGGACAGAGGAAAAGUUGGACAAAGGAUUAGCUACGCUCGGAUGGAGAACUUUAUUUCCUAGAGCCAAAGUUAUUGCUAUAACUUAUUUCUCUUCAUUGUUUUCAUCAACCCCCCCUAGCAAUAUUGAGCAAGUAACCAGCUAUUUAAGCCCUCGGGUGACAAUAGCAGAUAAUGAUUUCUUGCUAUUGCCCUUCAUGGAGGCAGAUCUCAUAAAGGCGCUCUAUCAAAUGCAUCCUACAAAGGCCCCAGGGCUGGAUGGAUUAUCACCUGGUUUUUUCCAAUGUUUUUGGGGUAUUGUAAAAGAUGAUAUUGUCAAGCCAUGCUUAGAUUUCUUGAACAAUGGAAAGGUUAUGCAAGCACUUAGCUUUGUGGAAAGGUGGAUCAGAUUAAUCAUGGAAUGUGUUUCAUCAGUGACAUACGAGGUUUUACUAAAUGGUAAGGAAGCAAGACAGAUCAUCCCUUCUCGAGGCUUGAGACAAGGCGAUCCACUAUCGCCUUACUUGUUCAUCCUCUAUGCUGAAGGUCUCACAGCCAUGAUUAACAAGGCAGAGAAUAGCAGGAGCUUGCAUAGCAUCCAAAUUUGUAGGAGAGCACAAAAAAUUUCUCAUUUAUUAUUCGCUGAUGACAGUCUUCUUUUCCUCUUUGCCACUGAAACAGAAGCAGCAAACUUAAUAGCCAUCUUGCGAGCUUAUGAACGAGCAUCUGACCAGCUUGCGAUCUCGAAAAAAUCAAGAGGAUUGGGUUUCCGUGCUAUGCGGGAAUUUAACUUACCUAUGCUGGGGAAGCAGGGAUGGCGAUUGUUAAUGCAUCCGAACUCUUUAGCAGCAAGAAUUAGGAAGGCAAAGUACUUUCCUUGUUCGAAUAUUCUUUGUGCAAAACUGAAAUGCCCUUGCAAUGUUACUGGGCGAAGCAUUUGGCACUCAAUUGGAUUACUGAACCAGGGUUGUCGGCGUCUGAGCGGUAAUGGCCGAGAUACAAAAAUUUGGGAUGAUCCAUGGCUACCUAGCAACACACAAUUCUAUGUUCAAUCUCCUCGCCCUGAGGGUUAUGAUCUCCAAUUUGUAUGCGAGCUAAUUGAUGAAGAAACAAACUCAUGGAGGAGGGAUCUAGUUCUUCAGACCUUCAAUGCCCAUAAAGCCCAACUGAUAUUAGCUGUACCUUUAAGUUGGAUGGGGAGGGAGGAUAGUUGGAUGUGGAAUUUUACCAAACAUGAUGCUAUUCACUGGAACGAUGCUCUGUGGAACAACAGAGGCCUUAAUCCCCAUCAUAUUAUUGAACGUAGCCUGCACUUUAAGAUGGAGUACAGGAAAGCCUUGCUGUCUAAGGGUAGGGGAGCUGCAGCUGUUCAAAGAGUAAGUGAAACCAGCGCACUUGCAAGGGACCAUCAAGGGGAGGUGAUAGCAGCUAUGGUGUGUCAGGGGCAAGGGACAGUGGAGGCCGAAGUUGCUGAAGCUUGCAGUUUACGGCGAGCUCUACUAUGGGCUCAAACACUAACUUUAAGAAGAAUUGAGGUGGAAACUGAUUGCAUAACCAUUGUAUCAACAAUCAAUAGCAAAACUCUCAAUAUGAACUCAAGCUUGGGUAUCAUUCUUCUUGAUUGUAGAGACUGAUGGCCUAUUUUGUGUCUUGCCAAUUAAAACAUGUCUAUCGGACUGAAAAUGCUGCUACUCAUGAACUUGCAUGAAGAGCACUUACUAUUGAGGCAGAUGAAUUCUAGGUAGAAGAUAUACUAGAUACUGUUGCGCACUUUGUAAUAGGAGACAGACCCUAUUCUUGAUUAUGUACUGGCUUCCUAUUUCUUCCCUUAAUUUAUGAAUAAAAUCUGUGCAUGAGU